UUAAUGCAGGUUGCGUUUCGAAGCAGCUUCCUGUCAAGUUUCUGAUCAGCAUAUUGUGGCAGAAACUACUGGACACAUUGGUUUGUUGUAUCAGGCCAAACGGUCAAAACAAGAACAGGGAGGAAGUGUGAAGAUGGAUCCAAACAAUCCCCUGUCUAGGAUCGAGAGGACGAUGUGGACAGUCUGGGGCUAUAUAAGUGGAGCUGUAACAAGAUUCCUCAGGUCACAGCCAGCUGAAGUAACCAACGAUGAGCUGAAUUCCCUCAAUGAAUCUACAGUUGACAGCAAGUCUUCAACAAGUGGCCAGGCACAGGCCGACACUGGUGUAGGAGAAGUCCGUGAGGAACAACCUGUUACAGACCAUCUGCUUAGGUCACCAGGUGUCGCCUGGGAAAUUUGCACCACAGAGAUUGACCUGGGAUCUGAUGAAGAAGGUAUGCAGCUCCGAAGAGGCAGCAGUGAGUCUGAAAAUGUUGAAGGCAUGAGAGAAGAACAGUCAGGCCAGACUGGAAAAGAUCAUGCAGGGCUGCUGCUCAUUGAUGAUACAAAAACAAGCCAAGAUGCACCAGAGAAAACAGAGAAGGGACAAUUCUACACUUGUGAACAAAGUGAGACCUCUGAGAAUAAUGAAGAACAUCUGAAUACUGGGUUAGGAAACAUUACAGAAGAUGCAGUAAUUGCAGGCGUGGAAAUAAGUGAUGGAGAAGGUGGAGUUGAAGAGAGAACUCAUGAUGAUCAUCAAAAACUGCAUGAAACCAUUGCAGAGAUCCAAGUAACAGAAGACGAGAGAGAAAAAGAUGAAGGAGACUUGAAGGAAGAGGAAAGUGAGGCAAAACUGUGCACAUUCACAGAUGUAAGGCCAGAAGAGAAAGACAGCAUUCUCAGAGGAGAGGUAGGGAUGGAGAAGCUGACAGAGGAAAAAGCAAAAAACUAUGAAGGCGCACUGGAGCUGGCUUCAGAAAAUGACAACGAGCCAGAUGAAAGAACAAAACCAGUUGAAUAUCAUCUCUCAUUCUGUGAUGAGAUGUCAGAUGUGUCAAAGGAUGAGUUCAUUGUUGUCGGACAAGACGUAAGAAGUGAUAAUAAUGAAACUGAGGUUAAGAUGGUACCGGUUCUUACUAUCAAAGAAGAAGAUAUCUAUGAUGAAAAAGAAGAUAAAGAGGAGGAAGAAGAAGAUAUUGAUAAAGGGGAAGUAGAAGACAAAUAUAUCAGUGAUGAUGAUGAAGAUAAAGAAGAAGCAGAGGAAGCUAUCAAUGAUGAUGAAGAUGGAAAAAGAAAGGAAGAGGAACAUAUAAUUGAUGAUGAACAAGUGCUGCUGCUCAUUGAUGAUACAAAAACAAGCCAAGAUGCACCAGAGAAAACAGAGAAGGGAAAAUUCCACACUUGUGAACAAAGUGAGACCCCUGAGAAUAAUGAAGAACAUCUGAAUACUGGGUUAGGAAAUCUUACAGAAUAUGCAAUAAUUGCAGGCGUGGAAAUAAGUGAUGCAGAAGGUGGAGUUGAAGAGAGAACUCAUGAUGAUCAUCAAAAACUGCUUGAAACCAUAGCAGAGAUCCAAGUAACAGAAGAUAAGAGAGAAAAAGAUGAAGGAGACUGGAAGGAAGAGGAAAGUGAGGCAAAACUGUGCACAUUCACAGAUUUAAGGCCAGAAGAGAAGGACAGCAUUCUCAGAGCGGAGGUAGGGAUGGAGAAGCUGACACAGGAAAAAGCAAAAAACUAUGAAACUGAGGUUAAGAGGGUACCAGUUCUUACUAUCAAAGAAGAAAAAGAGGAGGAAGAAGAAGAUAUUGAUAAAGGGGAAGUAGAAGACAAAUAUAUCAGUGAUAAUGAUGAAGAUGAAGAAGAAGAAGAAGAAGAAGAAGAUGAUGACGAAGAAGAAGAAGAAGAAACAGACGAAGAUAUCUAUGAAGAAGAAGAAGAGGAAGCUAGCAAUAAGACUACAAACAACAAUACAAAAGAAGAAAGGCUGGAGCAGAUCAGCAGAGUGUUUACAGAAGUCUGGGAGGAAGAAAGCAACUUAAGUCAGAGUGUGACUUGCAGCAAAGUGGUCAUAGAAAACACACAUCACCACAAUACUGAAUUUACAGAUAUGCAAGAGGAUGUGGUCACCAGUGUGCAAACUACUACAGAGAAAGACUUGAGCACAGCAGAAAUGUCAGAAGGUGAGAAAUUUGUGGAUAAUGAUCAAGUGGAAGAGGAGAGGCUCUCCAGCGAAGUCGACAACAAAGGUGUCUGCAUGGAAAAAGUUUCCACAAUCACCUUGGUUACAGUAAAUCCUGAAGGUGAGACUAAGCAGGAAAUAAGCAAUGAGUUUAAAAAUAUUCCCCUGCAGUUUACUGAAGGUCAGAUAGCGCUGUCGCAGGAGCGAAAUACUCAAGUAUGUGAGGAAGCACAAGAAGGAAUUCCUGAAUACAACAAUGAACUCGAGCCAGAUGAAAAUACAACACAAUGGUUACUGGAGAGAGGAAAUUACAAGGAAAUCCAGAUCACUCAGUUACCAGAAGAGGAGGAGAGCGUAGAUCAGGAGAGCUUUAAAAACAAAGGCACAGGAGCCCACUGUUUACUGCUGGGGGAGCGCCUGAAGGAGAAACAAGACAGCACAGAAGAAAGUGAAUGCAGCUCUGAUUUAGUUGUGGAGGAGCACAGUGAAAAACUGCAGCUUUUAGAGGAGGAACUGUGUACUGCAGCAGAAAUUCAGGAAUCAGGACUUUCAUUUGGGGAACGAGAGGUAAACUUAUCUGACAGCUCAAUGAAAACCGACAUUGGUUCGUCAGGGGAGGCUGAUAAGAUAACAGAAGAGCUACAAGAUGGAACAGAAGUGGCUGAAUUUAGGAUGGAUGAAGAUUUCAACGAAGCUUCUGGAGAUAGCCAUGAAACAGAUGGAGCCACAGCAGCAGAUGAGGGGGUCAGGUUUGCUGGCAAAACUUUAAAAUUCCUUGAGGCAGACAUACUGGAGAUGACAGAGGUGAGAUUCUGUCAGGAGUCAGUGUAUGCCACGCACACAGAACAUAACAAUAGCAGGACCCCAAGUCAACCAGAGGAACAUUCGGAUAAAACUGAGCCCAAGUUACUCGAUGACAGAACUGCAGAAAUUCAAGAUGUGGUGACAGAUACUGAAGACAAAGAUUAUGCAGAUGGGGAGGAAAAAGAAGAUGAAACGCAGGACAAAAAUGAGACUACACAUCUGCAGGUAGCAGGAAUGGCAGCUGAGCUGAUCACGCGACAAAAAGAUGGAGAGAAAACAGAAUCUGAAUUAUCUCAGCACUAUGACUCGCAAGAGCUAAAAAGUCAAUCUCCAUACAGAGCUUAUGAGCUGAACGAGACAGAGAUAACUGACGCUGAAGCAGCUGAUAAAUCAAAGACAAACAAACCAGAACUUUUACCUGUGAUGUCAGCUGAGGAAACAACAAAACAUGUGACGCAAUCAGAGGAAAUCUACACAGAAGAAACAACCAGCUUAAUCACAGAGCAUCAGGAUGUCAUUGACGAAGAUAUUCUUGACUUGUGGAUAGAAACAGCAAUGUCAGAAGACACUCUUGAACAACACGUUUCUGAAUCAGAACCACAAACGGACACAAUGGCAGAUCCACUGAACGAAGAACCGGAUAUAUCAGAAAUGGAGAAGCCAAUGGAGUUGAAUUCAGGAGAAUCGGAGUUAGCAAGUGACACAGAAACCUCUUCAUCAGCUCUACAGUUUGGAUAUUUGGACCAAUCUUUUAGUGAGACUGAGCAGAUGAAAUUAAUAAGCACUAGCUCACUUCAAGGCAUGCAGGACAUGUUGGCUACUAUGUCAGAAUUUUCUGCAUCCAGCCCUGAAUCUCUGGGUGUGCAGAUGGAGGAAACAGCUGAAACAUUGGCAUCUUAUUUAAGAGAGGAGGGGACAGUCAGUGAGACUAGAUCUGACCCUAAUUCGGGGGUUUCAUCACCAGAAACACAACAUCCUAAUCAGGAAUCUGCAAAAUCAGAAGAAAAGCCAGAUGAAGGGACUGAAGCUGGGAUGGAAGUAGCUGUGAGAGCUUGUAGAGACACUGAAGAAACAGAUCUUGGGUCAAAGAUUAAAAUGAGUCCUCUUUUCCAAGCCAAGACAAAAAACAUUGAAGAUGAGCCUCUUGAAACCAUGUCUGACUUAUCAGAUGAAAUCAAACUCAGUGAAUCAGGACAAUGUAAAGGUGACGCAGAGGCUUCUUUGGAAGAAUGCGGUUCUCAUGACAAACCUUGGACUGAAUCUGAGAUGAAGAUGCUCUCACAAGAUGAAGUGGAUUGUAGACGGUCAGAAGAUGUCACUGAAUCAUCACCUGAGCCGAGCAGAGCUGAGGUGGUGGAAGACCAAGCAACAAAAUCAGAAGAUCAGAAUGAGGUGGAUUCUCCUGCAUUGGACUUUACAGUGCGAAAAUCACGCAUUGCUGUUAAAAACCCUCGUACAAGGCCACCCACAAAUCAUCGCUCCCUGCUACACAAGCCUUCACUGGAUCCCACUCCCCCUUCACAUCUGCCAGUUAAAGUGCCUACAGGUGUGCCUUUGGGAGGCUUGGGCAUUGGAAUAAAAUUGCCUGGGCUUGGUGCUGGUCUUCCUGUUUUAAAGAAGACACAGCGGGUUGUAAGAGAUGACAAUAGCCAUGAAGCUCACCCACAGGAACCUCACAAAAAGGAAGAAGAGAAGAGUGAUGCUCCCAAACAGGAUGAGACACAACACAGACCUAGGUGGAUUCCACCAGGACAUCCAGGAUUUGGAAAUCCACUUAUGUCUGAACUGAAGAGCAAACUAAAGAAAACCCCCAAAGAGUGAAAGAUUAACUGUGGUUCAAUGUGUGAAUAUCUGAAUACAAUAUAAAAAUGGCUUUGUUUUUAAUUUAUCAAAUUAGAAAGAAAGAACUGUUUAACUGUGUUUAACUUCAAUAAUAAAUUAUAAUUGUAAAAGAAACAGUAUUUUAUUCAAUGCAAAAGGUGUUUUUAUUCUCUGUUUUUUGCACAUCAGUCAUCAUUGACUAGUGGGAACAAUGGCAAUGAUGCACUUAAUCAAGAAAAAAGGAAGCACAGUGUUAUGAAAAGUCUCAGCUUUUGUAUUUAUAAAGAUGACACGUCAAGCACCUCAGUAGGAUAAUACAGAAUAACUCAAAUGCUCCUGAGAUUUUAAGUGCAGUGAGUCAUGUUUGUGGGAUACAGAUGCACACCGUUGUCCAAGAGUGUGCUCAGUUGUCUUCACAAAUAAAUAAAAAAAAUCCCAGUUUGAGGUGCCAUAUUUGUUGAUGAUUUACAAAGUUGUU